GAAAGUAAUAAACUUUUCUUCAAAUAUUUCUCCUUCCUUUUCAAUUUCUAACAUGGUAUUAGAGCUAUAAGCUCCUGGUUCUUCUUUCAUCACUGCUUGGUUAUUGGGUUGGAUUUUCAGAUCUAUUCCAAAUCUGAAACUUUGUCGUCAGGUUCUCUUCUUCUACAUAUUGGAUUGUUUAUUGUUAAUUCUCAUGCCUUUUUUGAGAACUGUAACUCAUCUUGCUAUUGCAAUGGUUGCCAAAGAGGUGAUAGACCAACCUAUUGUCAACCUUGAAUCUCUAAAACAAAUGAUAUUAAAUAUUCUUAAUGCUCCUACUACCUUAUCUGCUGCGCCAGGACCUAUAGACGGGACAACUUCUUGGAACUGGUCGCAAGAGCGAUUUUGGGGUGAAGCUGCUCUUACAACUGUUUAUCUCAUUAAUCGAAUUCCAUCAUCAAUCAUCAAUAAUAAGUCUCCAUAUGAAUGUUUGCGUGGUAUUCUUCUUGCCUAUGAUCUUCUUAAGGUGUCAUCUUUUGAUCAACCUCCACUUUUUACUAACCCUUCUAUUGAGCUAUUUCCCAGUGACUCUAAUGUAGAUACAUUUGAUGAGCUCCAUGAUGCCUCUCCACAUGCUCCACCUAGUUCUAUCGAAGAUGUUCAGCCUGUUGGUAAUGUAUUAGACAAUGUUGAGUCUUCUUCCCAUACCUCUUCUGUAUCACCUAUUGGAUUUAACGUUGUUGAUCUUGAGCUUGAAAAUGAGAUCCUUAAUCCACCUUUAAGUCAUCCUACUCGGCAAGCUAUGCAAGAUGAAUUACAAGCUCUUGACAAAACUUGUACAUGGGAUUUGGUUGAUCUUCUUGCUGGAAAGCCUCUAGUAGGUUGUAAAUGGGUGUACAAGAUCAAAACUCGGUCCAAUGGUUCCGUGGAGUGUUACAAGGCUCGUUUGGUUGCUAAAGGAUUUACUCAGGAAUAUGGGAUUGAUUAUGAGGAAACCUUUGCACCUGUUGCUCGUCCUACUUCAAUUCGUAAGGAAGUUUACAUGAAACCACCUCUUGGACUUGAGCAUCCUCCAAACAAAGUUGCCAAUUGAAGCAAGCUCUGUAUGGUUUGAAACUAGCACCUUGAGCCUGGUUUGCGAAGUUUAGUAUGACCAUUGGUGAAUUUGGUUUUACUUCUAGUUCCCAUGAUACUGCACUGUUCAUAUGCAAGACUAAUCAUGGUAUGAUUUUACUACUUUUUUAUGUUGAUGAUAUGAUCAUUAUUGUGGAUGAUAUUUCAGGUAUUUAUGAUCUUAAGCAAUUUCUUAGUCAUAAGUUUGAGAGGAAAGAUCUUGGUGUUUUGAGCUAUUUCUUGGGCCUUGAGAUCACCUCUUCUGAUGAUGGUUAUCUUCUCUCUCAAACAAAAUAUGCUUCUGAUC